GUAAUGGACCAAGAUAUUUGGAGCAACUCUACGUCAGCUGAAAUCAUAAUCACUGAAUUAAACGACAGCCUUUCUCUGAAACAUGUUGACUGCUAUACGGCGAUUGGAGCGAGUUGUACCAAUGUAAUAAGCAUAGAGGUGAAAUUUAACAAUUCUAUUGUUCUGCAUGGCUUGAUCGCAGGAGAAUCCUACUCAAUUGGAGUAAUCUUAGAAAACGAAACUGGAGAAAUUUACUACAAGCAAGCACAUGUCUGUACGGUCCCAAGAGGUGUGGAUCUUUCUUACAUCUCGAUAAAACAACAGUCGGACGUGGUUUAUUUGGGAGCAUCAACUCAAUCUGACAUAAAAUCUGUCGAUGGAAAAAUCGAUGGGUUCAGAAUUAAAUCAAUCACUCCUGUCGCCUCAGUGAUGUUUCCAGCAGGACUGGAUAACGCGUCUGCAGAUGGAGCAAUAGCAGUGAAAUUUCCUCCUGCCGAUAUUUUUAGAAUUCAAGUCGCGAGUUACAUAGAAGGUUGUGAAAAUGUCGAGUCUUACGAAAUUGCUACCUUCGAGUACUGCUCAGGCCCCGAACCGGUUCUGAACCUGCAACAAAUUCCUUCCGAUGAAUUUGCCAUUUUGUUGUCGUGGGAUGAACCCGCCGACACCCGACGAAUAAGGCCAGAUGGUUACGAAAUUACAAUUACAACCUUAAGUGGGAAGACCCUAAUAUCCACGUGGCUACUAGCUUCGACUCAAAACAAUCAGACUGCCUACACUUUCGAUUCAUCGUCGAUCAAAUCUCUACCAGUUGCCACUGAAUUCAUAUGUUCAGUGCGCACUUCAAUUCCAAACCCCUGUCAAUCAAAAGACGAAUUUCAAGAAGUGUUUUACGAUUUCAAUGUCAGCACUCGAAAUAUAAGCUGCAAAACUCGAGGUUUUGGCGGCAAAGCACAAGAACCCAGUUUCACUUUCUUCAGUCCUACAUUAAUAAUUCUCCAAUGGAAAACACCGGAUGAUUUUUUGAACCAGUUUGAAGAUGACUACUACUCAAUUCUUCUCAACGGGAAAGAGAAGCAUUCCGUCGCGCCAAUUUCCACAG